UCGGCGUACUGAACAUGGUGAAUUGUGGAGCGAGCACAGCAUCGACUUCUUUCGAUGUGUUGAGUUAUGGAGCGGUUGGAGACGGAAAGACUGAUGAUUCCCCCGCUUUCCUGGAGGCAUGGAAUGCCGCCUGCAUAUCCUCAUCGAAACUGUCCAUUCUCACCGUACCGGCAAAGAAGACUUUCUUGUUGAAGCCAGUGACGUUCAGCGGCCCAUGCCAACCUGAAUACAUGUAUGUUCUGGUCUCUGGCAACAUUGCUGCGCCCAACUCAAUGACAGAUUACAGUGGCUACCAAACCAACAGUUGGCUCGCCUUCUCUAAUGUUAGUGGUUUGAUGAUCACUGGCACUGGAAUCAUCGACGGAAAGGGUUCGGGCUGGUGGUCACAGCCUUGCAUUGGAAAUGCAUCUAAUGCUGCAACAUGCACAGGACCAGCAGCAUUGACUUUUUACAGAUGCACGAGACUUGUGCUCAAUGGAUUGAGACUUGUGAACAGUCCAAGGUCACACAUCGCCCUCACCAGCAGCCAGUUUGUCACCAUCUCCAACAUCCAUAUCUCUGCCCCGGCAACAAGCCCUAACACCGAUGGGAUCGAUAUCUCCGGCUCAACCCAUGUAUAUGUUCGCGAUUCAUUCAUCGGAACUGGUGAUGAUUGCAUCGCUAUUAGCGCAGGCUCGUCACACAUCAAUGUCACUAGGAUCACAUGUGGACCUGGCCAUGGUAUCAGCAUUGGAUCUUUGGGGGCACAUGGAGAGAAUGACACAGUUGAAAAUGUGACCGUGCAAAACUGCACAUUGAAAGGUACGAUGACAGGAGUGAGGAUCAAGACAUGGCAGGGAGGGAGUGGAUAUGCAAGAAAAAUAACCUUCAAUAAGAUCAGAUUCAUUCGGGUUGAUAAUCCGAUCAUCAUCGACCAGUAUUACUGCCCCACCCAAAUCGGUUGCAAAAACGAGACAUCGGGAAUUAGGGUGAGUGACAUCUCGUAUUCGGUGAUAUAUGGGACGUCGGUCACGGACAAGGUCAUAAACCUAAGCUGUGACCAGAACUUCGGUUGCAGUAACAUCGUCCUGGAUCAUGUAUACAUAACAUCCACUGUUCCAAAUAAGAAAGCUUAUUCCUACUGCUUCAAUGCUCAUGGAAAAUAUAGCCACACCAGACCUGCAGUCACUUGCUUGCUGAAAUAA